AGAGAGCGCAUUAAACCAACACCAAACGCUGCUCAAACCUAUCCAAGUCCCGAUUUUUCCUCACAAUGGCAGCCCCAAGAGAAAUUUCGCGUCCCGCGCUCAGUGAAGCCGUUUCACAUAGCCUCAGUGCUUCGCCCGCAGCGCCUCUCCAUUCGCCUCCAGCGAGCCAGGGCAGCUUUUUGGCGGGGUCGUUCGCUCACCGGCCUGCCACUGCGACCGCCAAGCAACUGAAACCUUUCAACACCGGGGACAUCAAGAUCUUGCUUUUGGAGAACGUGAACCAAACCGGGAGAGACAUCCUCACCGGCCAGGGUUACCAGGUCGAGUUUCUCAAGACGUCGCUGCCAGAAGACGAGCUCAUCGAGAAGAUCAAGGACGUGCAUGUCAUUGGCAUCCGGUCAAAAACAAAACUCACAGCAAAGGUGCUGCAGGAGGCAAAGAACCUCCUUGUCAUCGGCUGCUUCUGCAUCGGUACCAAUCAAGUAGACCUAGAAUAUGCGGCUCGGCAUGGUAUUGCUGUCUUCAACUCGCCUUUCGCCAACUCGCGCAGCGUUGCCGAGCUGGUGAUUGCUGAGAUUAUCUCGCUCGCUCGCCAGCUGGGCGACCGCUCGCUCGAGAUGCACCGCGGCACCUGGAACAAGGUGAGCGCCAAGUGCUGGGAGGUCCGUGGCAAGACGCUGGGGAUUGUCGGCUACGGCCACAUCGGUUCUCAGCUGUCGGUCCUCGCGGAGGCCAUGGGCAUGUCGGUCGUCUACUAUGACGUCCUCACUCUGAUGGCUAUCGGCUCGGCGCGGCAGGUGCCCACGCUCGACAAGCUGCUGGAGGAGGCCGACUUCGUGACCCUCCAUGUCCCAGAGACGCCCGAGACCAAGAACCUCAUCUCAACCGAGCAGUUUGCGCGCAUGAAGAACGGCUCGUACCUCAUCAAUGCCAGCCGCGGGACCGUUGUCGACAUCCCCGCCCUCAUCAAGGCGAUGCGUUCGGGCAAGAUUGCGGGCGCGGCGCUGGACGUGUUCCCCAACGAGCCGGCGGCCAAUGGCGACUACUUCGUCAACAGCCUUAAUUCGUGGGCCGAGGACCUACGGGGUCUGAACAACAUCAUCCUGACACCACACAUUGGCGGCAGCACUGAGGAGGCGCAGCGGGCCAUUGGCGUGGAGGUGGCCGAGGCGCUGGUGCGCUACAUCAACCAGGGCAUCACGCUCGGCAGCGUUAACCUACCCGAGGUGACGAUGCGCUCGCUGACGCUCGAGGAGCCCAACCACGCGCGCGUCAUCUACAUCCACCGCAACGUGCCAGGUGUGCUGCGCAAGGUCAACGAGAUUCUGGCCGAACACAACGUCGACAAGCAAAUCUCAGACAGCAAGGGCGAUAUUGCUUAUCUGAUGGCUGACAUUAGUGAUGUCAAGACCGAGGACAUCAAGGAGAUCCGGGACAGCCUGGACGCGCUCAGCUCGCGCAUCAUGACGCGUGUCCUGUACUAGACGGCGAGAGGGACAAGGGAAGCUUGGGAUAUAUGCAUCAUACGAGGACCAUUGGAAAUACAUGGAGUUGACGGGGGAUUUCAACAUGGAGUGGGCUCAUCCUCAUCUUUCAACACUUACAGUUUAGGUCUGCCUCGGCCAGGGUGUUGGUCUUCAUCUCAUCUUCUGCAAAGGGAAAAAGAACAGGACCUGCAUAGGUAGAUGACCAUACUAGGGCUCACUGGAUGGGUUAGGUCAAGACAUUGGCGAGAAAAAAAAGGGAGCAAAGAAAAAGCAAAAGAAAAUAGAACAACCAGGCAAUUAGUACACUCAACGUGCUGGUCACGGGCUUCGAAUCCGGUUGUGAUGGUGGUGGUUAACCGGAAAAUAAAUAGACCUGCUGCACCUG